AAUUUGCAUCCUGCUCCUCAUGUGGAUAUAAAUGGCUCAUUGUAAGGAACAGUGGUUGUGGAUUGAUGGUUCCUGGUUCUACAAUAACAGCUGGAGCAGCGAAGCCCCAGACAGCAGCAACCCCUGCCUAGUGCUCAACACUUAUGCGGGAUGGAGCAAUUCUCAGUGCUACGAUAGUGGCCUCUCCUCCAUCUGUGUGAAGAACUCCAAAGUCCCAUCAGACAUGGUGUGUCCUCAAGGUUGGACAGAGUUCCAGGGCCGCUGUUACUACUACAACUAUAAUAGUCUGACCUGGCCUGACGCUGAUGCUUACUGUGCUGGUGUCCAAGCCAGCCUGGUCUCUGUCCACAGCCCUCAGGAGUACUCCUUCCUCUAUCAGCAGACUUCUGGUAAUCCAUCCUGGCUAGGUGGAUUCUACCUUGAGGAUCAAUGGAUGUGGCUCGAUGGCUCCUGGUUUUAUCCAGGAUUUUUUACUGAGAUGUCACCAGACAGUUCCAGCCCAUGCCUUUCAACGCUGAACAAUGAGGGUUGGAGCAAUUACGACUGUGAUCAAACGUUCCCUUCGUUUUGUGUGAAGAAUGAAGUUGUUUGAAAGAACAACUUAAACCUGCAUCCUGCACAAGAC